CUCUACACAAUACUCAGCAGCAGCGAUGGCGGAGGUGGACUUCGGCGACAGUGAGCUCUUCGACCAACUCGGCGACAACCCGCCGGUCUCGACGCAUAUUCGCUUCACGGAAGAUGAAGGAGACGCCGAGGAGACGUCCGACCACAGGGAUAAGUUUGAGGACUUUGAGGAAAAGAUCCAGACCCUAACCGAUGAGAAUCGAGUAUUAAAAAGGCAACUUAACAUCCUAACGAGACCCAGUUCCAUCAAGCUUGAAGAUGAGAACACAGAUGGGCCACUUCUUCAAAUAUUAUAUGCAAACAACAACAUAUCAAAGGUUUGUCGUCAAGAAAUUGAGGACAGCAUCUGCAAUCUUAUUCAUAAGCAUCAUUCCCAGGACAAGCACACCUCUGCCAGCCAAAUCAAGCCACAGAAUUCAGCUUUAUUUUUGGAUCAAGAUCAGCAGGUUAAGUCUUCCAGUGCUAUUAAGACAGUCACAGAGGCAUUUAAGGUUAUUGGAAGUGUUUUGUAUUUCACCACAUUCUCAGUUGAUAAACUUGGACAACCUUUGUUGGAUGAAAACCCACAACUGACAGAUGGAUGGGAAGUUCCAACCUACAUGCAGGUCUUCAACCAGGUCAUUGGGACAGAUGGACAAGAGGUUGAGAUGAAAGAUAGAAGACCGAAGUCAAUGUGCUUCAACUGUGGAUCACCUGCCCACCAGAUCAGAGACUGUCCCAAGCCCAAAGAUCAGGCCGCAAUCAAUGAGCGGCGGAAGGAGUUCAGUCAGAACCAAAGCCCGUCCGUUGGCAACCAGCGGUACCAUGCAGAGGUGGAGGAGCGCUUUAGUAAAUACAAAGCUGGGUUCAUGAGUGAGGAGCUGUUGUCGGCGCUGGGAGUGGGGGCCAACACCCUACCUCCUCUGAUUUACCGGAUGAGACAGCUGGGAUACCCCCCUGGAUGGCUCAAAGAGGCCGAGGUGGAGAAGUCUGGCCUGGCACUGUAUGACGGCAAAGAUGGAGCAACACCAGAAGAAGCCAAUGGUCAAAAAAUCUCCUACGAUGUUUCCAAGCUUGUCGACUUCCCAGGAUUCAAUGUAGCUGCAUCAUCUAAUAUGAAGGAUGAAUACAUGCUGUAUGGCUCCGUUCCAAUGCAGGGCAACCACAUGAAGCCCAACUUUGCUGCCUAUCUGUCCAACAGUUUCCCUGCGGCUGAUGCCACGUGCAACAAAAGAAGACAUGAACCUGAGCCGGCUCCACUUCAGACUAAGAAACGAAGGUCCAGCCCUUCCAGGAGCUCUGAUAUGGAACUUGAGUCAGAACCAGGAACUCCCCAUCGCUCUCAGGGUCCAGGUGGCUUCCAGUUCCAGUCUCCGCUGCCCCCCGGCUCGCCCUCCUUCGGCUCACCUCCCCCCUUACCUCAUGGCACCCCACCCGCCACACCCACUCCCCCACCUCUGCCCAAAGGCACACCUCCGCCGACCCCUACCAACGGCUCCCCAGCCCUGCCGGGGCGUGCCUGGGUGGUGGUGGACGAGGCCGGGGAGGGGGCCGAGGACGGACUCACCCUGGAGGAGCUGGAGGAGCAGCAGAGACUGAUCUGGGCGGCGUUGGAAAAUGCCGACACCGCCACCAACAGUGACUGCGACACGCAGCUCACGGGCCCGUCGGUGCCCAGCUCCCCGAGCGUGUCGACCCCCGCCCGCGUUGACACGGAGACGGAGAUGGACACGGAUGAAUUGGUGAACCUGAAGGGUUCCACGGACGACGAUAAGGCAGGUUCUGAAAUCCCUGGGCCAAUUAAAUCUGAAAGGGGAACCCCUCUCAGCCCUGGUCCAAUCAGGGCCAAGGAGGAGAGCCCUCUCAGCCCUGGUCCAAUCAGGGCCAAGGAGGAGAGCCCUCUCAGCCCUGGUCCAAUCAGGGCCAAGGAGGAGAGCCCUCUCAGCCCUGGUCCAAUCAGGGCCAAGGAGGAGAGCCCUCUCAGCCCUGGUCCAAUCAGGGCCCAGGAGGAGAGCCCUCUCAGCCCUGGUCCAAUCAGGGCCCAGGAGGAGAGCCCUCUCAGCCCUGGUCCAAUCAGAGCCCAGGAGGAGAGCCCUCUCAGCCCUGGUCCAAUCAGGGCCCAGGAGCAGGGCCCUAUCAGUCCCACUUCAGUGGGAGCGUUGGGAGCCAGCCAUCCAAUCGCUAGGUCAGUCAGAGCACCGGUGGAUGGUCCGCUCAGUCUUGGACCAAUCGGGGGCCAGACUGACGCGCCUCUCAGUCCCAAACCAGAUAACAAUCUCAGCCCUGACAGAGUGCAGGGGGUCGACCAGAAUCCAUCACUCGACGCCUCUUCUGUGGAGAAGGUUCCCCAUCGGAGCAGGUUCGCAGCUGGCAUUGUUCCGUUUGAAGAUACGCCAGAGUAUACUGAGGUAGCCACUGCCACAGGGACUUAUCUGCGUAUUCGAGACGUGCUUAAAUGUUCACCAAGAAAUGUGUCCCGAAGAAGCAAAUGAAUGGCUGCGGUCAUGAGAUGCACACAGGACUUUGUCUUAAAUGUUUUUAAAGACUUGGGGAAGUGGUGACUCCAAUUCAAAGUCAGUUGUUGACAUCAUUUGUGUAAUUUUUUUCUACCAAAAGGAAUGUCCAUUGUGGAUAACUGUAAUCUGUGUUUGAGUCUCAUUAAUAUUGAUAUUUCAUUAGCCAAGGUUUUUAAAUGUAGCUGGUCUCUCAGGUAAGGCCGGUACAUAUUGCUUUUGCAGUUUCCUGUCAAUGGACAAGGUUUAUUGCUACUGCCUUUGUUUUGUCUGAUUUGUAAAAUCUAAAAUGCUCUAGCAUUACAAAUUAUGGAAUAUAGUCUCCAUGGAAUCGUGCAGGUCAGACGCAACAUUUUUCACAAUGAUAUUUUUUAAAUGUAACGGUCAAUUGUACAAGGCGGAGAAAUUAAGAUACAAUUGGUUUUUAAAGUCUAUUUUUUCGCUCUGUGUGGUAGCCCACUGGUAUGGUGUUUCCACUGGUUACAUCCCUCUAUUAAAUAUAUUUUUGGGCUGCGUAUUGUGUACAUUCUCAUAAAAGCAUUCUGAAAGUUAAA